UGAAACAAAUUUCAAAUUAUAUCGCGGCCGGAAGUAAAAAAAAAAUUGUCAAUAAAUAUUCAAGUCUAUAAAAUGUAUGUCAAAGAUUUGGAAACUCUAAAAUAUUCAGAACUUCGAAAAUUAGCGAAAAGCGUUGGGAUUAAAGCUAAUCAGAAGGUUGAGAAAUUAAUACAGGCAUUGAAGAAUUACUACAUUGAAAAUGACAUUGAAGAUGUGACAGAUAAGGAUGCCUUGAGCAGUGCCCAGACAUCUGCUUCACCUCAGAAAUUGACCAGUCCUAAGGAAGUGAAGUCAAAUUGUGAACUACAAACAGCUGUUAAUAGUGCACAGACAUCAAAUGCAGUUACUAGUAAAGAGAAUAAAGUGCCAAGGAAGCGCAGGACUGUUGAAUCAGAAAACCAGCUAACUGAUUUAGGCACUUCAAAAUCAGGAAAAUUAGAGGAUGCUCAGGUUGUCAGUGCAGCUGCUACUCCGGAAAGUAAAGUGCCAAGGAAGCGCAGGAGAACAUUUGAAUUGGACACCCCAACAUUGGGUUUCAACAACACCCCAAGUUCUGAUGGGCCUAAAAGGCCUGUUCAGGAUAAUAGCAGGAAUGGAGAUUCACAUGGAGGACCUCAGAAAAAAAGAAUUAGAAGAAACACAUUUAAUAAAGACAGUCCUAAAAACAAUGAAGAUGUAGAGGCUACAAGAACUUCAAGUAGUCCUGGAACAAAAGCAAUCAUUGACUCACUUUCCGCAGAUUUGUCAAGCCCUGAAAGAAAAGAAAUUAUAUUAAAUGCCAUUGACAAAAAAAUACAGCAAGAAAAAGAAAGUCAGCCCAGUCAGAUCCCUAGAUACAUAACUUAUCUGGCAAACAAGAAACUGGAAAACCAACAACAAACUGGAAAGCCAACAACGCCAGGCAAUAAAAAUUGGACUAAGAUUCACAGUAAAGAGUUUUCCAAAUUUGAUUCCCUUGACGUUUAUCUUGAGAAAAAACAUCAACGCAUGGAAAGUUUGACUGGAAGUGCCAAAGCAGCAUCGGCUACACAGAUGUCUCGGCGACUAGAGCGUAAGAUCAUAAAACCAGUUGUCCGCCCAACACGACAGAAUGUACAGCCAAUCAAGAGUCAAAGUUUUCAUGUCAACAAAACUCCCAACACAGAGAUGACCAAAGUUCAAAAGAAGCCGAGCAAGAACCAAAGCUUGCUCUUGAACAAAACUCCCAGCACAAAUCAAAAGGAGACCAAGGUCCAAGCUAAACCAUUUGUACCGACAGUGACUUCAGUCAAGAACUUGAGCUUCAAUUUCUUGAAGUCACCUUUGCCAAAAGGAGCAAACAGUGAAAAUAAAGAUGUUUCUUUAAGCAAGCCAUCUCAUGGUCAAACCACAACACCCUUUAAAUUUACUGGCAACACCACUUGUCUCAAUGGUACAGAAUCUUCUAAGAAAAGUUUUGAUCUUAAAGCAAGUUUAGCCAAACCUUUAACUUGGAAACCACAUACUGGAAAACUUCAGCCUUUUGAUAACAAAACUUCAAUUGCAGUUAUUCCUAAAAGGCCUAGCAGGCAAGCUCUGGCUACCAAAACAAGACCAGUUCAAGCCAAAGAGAUACAGAGAGUCCAACAGCUCGACAGACGCAAUAACCAAAAGUACAUAGACAUGAUGAGAAGAAGAGGACUGAUGAACUAAAAAAAAAAUAAUUUUUAAUCUUGACUUUUUGUGUGUGUGUGUUUAUUAAAGACUCCCUCCUAUUAUCAAUUUCUGUUGCAGAAAUGAACUAUCAAUGCAAGACAGUAUGAUACAUAACAAAUGUGCAUAAGCAAAAUGUUUGUUUUAAAUAGAAUAGUUUCUUCAUCUUGUACUUUCAACUACAUAACAUUAAAAUGCAUGAGAUUUGAUUUUCUAACAAAAUAAACUGGAUUUAACUAGAAGUAAAUGACAAAUAUAUGCUCUAAUAAUAACACAAAAAUGUGCACAUUACCUUAAAAAUUAAUAAUACUAUUACUAUUAAAAACACCUAAUAAUUGAAACUGAACUUUAUUUCAACUAACCAUAUUUUAGAAUACCCGGUAUGUCAAAUUACGGCAGCAUUUACAUUUUUGUUUUUCUAAGUGUGUUGGCCCUAUCCCGCUGAAUGCUUUUUCUAUACUUAAGCAUAGAAAAGAAGAAAGGUGGUGGGUACCUAUGCGUAAAUAUUCUUUUGACAUUUUGUAAACUUCAUUUAUUUAAUAUAAUUUUAUUUUUCGACUCUAAAAAAUUUUUAAUGUUUAUCCAGAGUCUUUUUGUAUUGUUUUUAAAUCUGAAAUUGUUAAGUCCUCUCACCCUUUAUGCUAGAGAGAUUUCAACAAAAAACAAAUUUCAUGAUAAACAUCAAACAACUAUUAUUGUAAAUAGUAUGAUUUGCAUGUGAAAAAAAAAGCUAUUCAGAAAACUGCUCACCAAAAUUUUGUACAAGCUAUCGUGAGGCUAUAGCUUGAGAAUUUGUUUUACCGUUGACAGGUGUAGCAAUCAGAUUGUGUAAAAGAAUAGUUUCUCUUAUAAGAUGACUUUUCUAUAGAUUUGAUCUGCCAUUUUUUUUUAUCCCUAUUGAUAUGUUUCAAGCAAAUAAGGCUCUAACCAUGGAAUGAAUAAUUCUUUUGUACAUUGAUAUGUGUAUAAAAUUGUAAAUAUCCACAGUACACUUGGUAUUAGUCAAUAGAACAGUCCAGAUUUAGCACAGUUGUAGCCUCUCUUAAUAUGCUGUAAAGUUUAUGUUUUGUUUAUAAACAAAUCAUCCAUUUCACUUUUUUAGAUUCAGCAUAGUGGCAGCAAGAUAUUUUUAUAUUUAUUUAUCUGUGUAUAAAUAUCUAUUUUCUAGUGUCUAAACUUUAUUAGACCAGAGGAGCGACUUUUGUAAUUGUAAUUACCAAUUGUUUGUACUGCAUAUAAAUCAUCACAUUUUGUUUUAAAUCUAUUUUUAAUUGGUUUCUACAUCUCAUUUGUUUUUAAAAAGGAAAAUGGGCUCCUACAUUGAUCCUCCUCUUGUUUUAAUUUUUUUUUUUUUUUGGACAUAAGAAUAACCUCAAUGUUGGUUUGAAAAUUAAAAGUCUUUUAAAUUUGUAAAA